CUGCAGUGACUCGCCCUUGUUAUGUAGUUACUUUGUAUUCCAGCCGGAAGCGGAAACUCAGUAUCUUUAUAAAAGUUUUGUGAAGUUUGGCAAAUCCAGCCGAGCUGCUCUUGCUGCAUCUGUUUCAGAAAGAAAAACACACACACAAGUUAGUGUCUGAUGAUGCUAUUUCAUAUGGGAUUCCCUGGUUUCAGUUUACCAAGAUGUGUGUUGCACUGUAGUUUCGAACUGUGAAACUGGAGGAAGCAUUGUGUGACUGCAGAAUAAAAACAGACUGAUUUGGCAUGCGACAGAGAGAAAAAAAACGCGGGCUGUGACAGAUAUUCAAAUAAAUUGUAACAUUGAUGAAAUGAGCUUUGUAUCCGAAAACUGGUGACGGAAUCGCAAAUCAUGUGUGACGGGUUUAAAAUAGCUCUGCAGGAGUGAGACAGCAGCAGUCACUAUGGAGGACUCUGUGGCAGACAGUCAUUCACAUCCCUGGAAAGUUGCCACAGAAAAGAGGAAGGCUUGGGCUAGAAGCAGAGACUCCUGGCAGGCCUCUGAGUCGGUAGAUGUGGCUACAGAGGAGCAGCGUUCUCCAGGCUCCAGAGAAGAAAAACUUCCAGUCUCGGUAGAUCCAGGAGGAAUACCUAACGAGAAUAUUGCAAUAUGGCUUAAAGAUUGCAGGACACCACUAGGGGCUUCUCUGGAUGAUCAAAAUAAUCCAGCACUAAAAGGAAUAAUAAAAAAUGGGGGUAGCUUUGAAGAUGACCUGUCGCUGGGAGCAGAAGCUAAUCAUCUUCGUCCAACCAGUAAUGAGACGGGGACAACAUGUUUUGGAAUGCUGGCCAAAGACAAACGGAAUCGGUUUCAUCAGAAGGGAAGAAGUAUGAACUCCACUGGCUCUGGGAAGAGUAGCACAACGUUAUCGAGUGUGUCCGAAUUGUUGGAUCUUUACGAAGAAGAUCCGGAGGAAGUCCUAUAUAAUCUUGGGUUUGGCACUGAAGAGCCAGACAUUGCUUCAAAGAUUCCAUCCAGAUUUUUUAAUUCUGCCUCCAGUGCCAGCGGGAUAGAUAUCAAGGUGUAUUUGGAUGCUCAAAUACAGCGUAUGGAGGUGGAGAAUCCAAAUUAUGCUUUGACAAGUCGUUUUCGUCAGAUUGAAGUACUCACGACUGUGGCCAAUGCCUUCUCUUCACUUUAUUCUCAAGUGUCUGGACUACCCCUUCAAAAGAUUGGGAAUGGAGCUACGCUGCCUUCUGAAAAUGAGGGCAAAGAUGUACCUCCUUUCAAAAGAAGUAGUUCUGCAUUGAAUGCUGCUAGCAAAUUAAAGAAAACCAUAUCAAGGCUUAAUCUACAUGGAGCUCCGCAACCGGGUACUGAAGUUAAUUCUUCAACCGCUCCUGCAAGUACAGGUAAAGAAAAUACAGUUGUUUUAGGAACAGAGGCCAAUACAGAGAAGGCUGAAGAGAGGAAUGAACAAAAAGCACAGAAACCAUUGAGAAAAAAAGAUUCCCCUUCGCUAGAGACAGUAAAGGAAGAGGCGCCUGUUGGCCUGUGUUCCACUUCAGAAAAUGGCUGCCUAGAAUUGAACAAUGCGUCUCAGAUAGAGGGUCACAGGAAAGUAGGACUGUCUGACGAAUCUGGUUUUACUGAUUCGUCACUUCUAAACAAGGACAUAAAUGCAUCCACUGAAGGCGAUCUUGAGACCAACUGUGAGCACAAACAGGCAGUGACAUCUACACCUGAUAAAGAACCUUCAUCACAGUUUCAGAAUCCCUUGCUUGCACAUGUGUUUUCACUUCAGAAGGAUUCCUUUGAGAUGGAAGAGAUUCAAAGCAAUGAAGGAGAAGCUACAUCUGGAACUCGCACUACUAAUUCUAGAACUGAACAAUUGUCAAGAGCUGUCAGUCAACACUCUGACAGCAGUGGAUUUGCUGAAGAUCCUUCUGUGGAUUGUGCUUCAAAUAAUCAUCUGCAGGUCCAAGAGAGUUAUGAUAGCUGUGACAGUGAGACGACGGUGACGUCAAAUGCUGAAGACAUCAGAACUCCUCUAGCAGUGGACCAGUCUGUCUUUGCGGAGUUAGAGGGUACUGAGGAUGUUUUAAUGCCAUCCACAGAGGAUGCUGCAAGUUCAUCCCUGCCUUCACUAGAUAAGGAAGGCCUAAACAUAAGAGAGACAGAGUCUGUCAGUGUAGAUGAAACUCCUCCUUUGGAUGACCCAAAUAUAAGAGAGACUGAGUCUGCCAGUGAUGAAAUCCCUCCUUAUGUCCUUCACCAAAUCCCUAAAGCUGUGGACUCUGUCUCUCAUCCUACAGAGGGUCAGGGCAUUACUGCAGGUGAACAAGAUCUACCUUCUACUUCUGACAAAGUGCAAGUUGCUCUUUAUAGAGCGCAGCUGAAAGCCUGUAAUGUAUCGGAUGCAUGCAUGGAGGUUAAAGCAAGGGACCUGCUGCAGGAAAAACGUGAACUAGAUCUGAGAAGGCAAUCUUUCUUAUCUUCAGGGAGAUACCCUCUGAUAAGAUCUCAGUCCCUGCCAACUUCACUGCUCAGCCCCAUUCGUGUUGUGUCGUCAGUUAAAGUCCGCUUAAGUCCCGGAAGUGAAACUCACUGCAGCCCGCCUUCUUUUACUUAUAAAUAUACCCCUGAGGAGGAUGAGGAGUCUAUCGCGGAGGAAGAAGAGCAGUCGACUUGUACGUCAACACUAUUUAUCAGCCCAGCUUCUCAAAAAAAGGAGCCUGACCGGUCCAUGCCUGGUUUUGAAAGUGGUCUAGAUGGAGGGUGCAAUAGGAUACAUUCCUGUCCGAUGCACUUGCCCUUACACAUGUCCCAAUCUGCAUGUUCCCUUCACAGUAUUAAUUCCAGUUGCUAUGACCGGCCACUAUCUGAGCAUAUGAGAACAUGGAGUACAAGCAGUGUUCCCAAUCUCCCUCCUUAUGGAUCACAUGGAUUUCCUUAUUCUUAUUCUUGCCCUUAUCCUCCAAGACCCGUCAUGUACCCCACCAGACCGCUUCAUCCUCCUUCCACAAUAGAAAUGCAGUUGAGGAGAGUACUGCAUGAAAUAAGGAACACCGUGCAAAACCUGGCCCAGAAUCCUGCUAUGAGAGGGAAUGAAUCACCAGCAUCCAUGUAUAGUUCUCAAAGAUCAGUCUUGCCAUUGUAUGAAAAUACCUUCCAAGAACUGCAGAUCAUGAGAAAGAGUCUGAAUGUGUUUAGAACGCAGAUGAUGGAUUUGGAGUUAUCUAUGAUGAGACAGCAAACUGAAGUGUACCCGCACUUGACAGAAGAAGAAAGGCAAGAAGCCGAUCAGCUGCAGAGUCUGAGGACCGCGGUGCGGCAGGAGCUGCAGGAGCUGGAGCUGCAGCUGGAGGACCGGCUGCUGAAUCUGGAGGAGCAGAUCCGCUCCUCACACCAUGCCUCCCUGUACCGACCACAGAUGACAUUUGGAAUGCAAGGAAGUAGAAGCAUGGAUUGCUUGUCUUGUUCAUCUCCAAUUAAUGUAAUUGAACCAGUCACCGAGCUUCUGCGUGAACAGUUGUAUUUGAAAUCUGAACUUGGCUAUGAGGACCCUGCAAGAGAUUACUGCAGCAAUGCUACGCCUUCUCUGGCCUCAGAAGCGUCUUCAGGAGCCUCCAGCCCUUCUCGAACAAACAGGAACCCAAGCUUCCCGCCCAGGCAGACUCAGAAACCACACACCUCUGACUGGUCAUCGCAGAAAAUGGAACGCUACCGGGCUUCUGUCUCCCUCACACCCUCUGCACCAGUUAGGCCUGGAAUGGAGGACCAUGUUCAUGAAGAGGAAGAGUCGAAGCCAGUAGUGGAAAACCUAAGGGUGGAGCUGGCUGCCGCUGCUGCUUUGUCAGCAGAGAAAACUAGAAGACACCUGUCAGACAGUCCUGAGUUGCAGCAGGUUUUAAAGGAGAUCAAGGAAACUCUAGCUGAAGGAAUAAGACGAGAGAUUGUUAAUGAACUUCUCGCAGCUGUGUCUUCUCCAAGUAGGUCGCCUGUGGUUAAAACGGAGAUGUCAUAAACAUGUUUAACAAUGGCACAUAACCCUGUGGAAGAUCCAUCACUUGCAACACUGAUCACUAAUGGAUUGCACUGAUUAACAACCAAACUUAUUUUUUUUUCUUUACUACAAAUAUAGUACUCAAAAGCUUCAGGACACUAAUGCUGCUGUGAUGAGCUACUGUUUAGUUUAGUCUAAUUUUAAAAUUCAAAGUAUAUAUAAUUGCUCCUUCACUUGGAUUGAUUGAUUAAUUAAUUUCCUGAAGAUUUGUGAUUUUGUAUUGUAUUUAUGGUUGGUUCAAGUGUACAUUCAAGAUUAAUACUUAACGGUUUUUGCCUUGUUAGUUACACAUGUAUUUAAGCAAAUUGUCUACUGUAAAGCUGCAUUUUCUUCAUCUGGCUUCUUACAAAUCUGACCUCAGUGAGGUGCUAGCUGUGCAAUAAGUUUCACUCUGGACUUGAAAUGACCAAUUAAUAACUGCUGUUCACUUUUGCCACCAAGUACGUUUUGUUUUAUUAAAGAAUCAUUAACUGUUCCUUUUUUAAAGGAUAACUACAGUUAGAUACUAUAAUACAAUAAACAAUUUGGCCCCAAAAAGAUAAUUAUAUUAAUUAUUCAAGUGUGUACCUCAUAGCUUUAAGGACAAGUAAGACACUAAAAUCAAAUAAAACUAAGGUUGUUAAAGGGGGAAGUUAUUGAAUAGAUGCACUAACUGUUCCAGGCUGUAUUGUGAGCUUUAUUCCACAUGUGAGUGUGUAAACUUUAUGGUGUGUCCAGGGUCACAGUAACACCUGGAAUGGAUGUGCAAAGGGAUCCCUAUUGGAAAUGUCCUCCAAGCACUUUUUCUGACUGUUAUCAUUGCCCCUUCACAACAUUGAUUUUUGUCAUAGCUUUCUGUGCUCCUGGUGUUUUAUAGAAUGCAUUUUGAAUUGUAUAGUAACCUGUUCCCAAAAGGAUAUGUCACAGUUCUUCUUGUAAUACAGGAAUAUUAUGAGAAUUAUUUAUACAUAAAACCAAACACACAUUAAUUAAUUCAAAUGUAAACCUAAGUCAGUAAAUGACCUAUUGACCUGUUUUGGUUUCUUCUAAUUUCCUAUAACGGAUUUUUUGAUCAUGGUCAAACUGAUAUUUACUGUUGGAUGAGGAACUUGUUCGUAAAAAGUGUUAGGUUGUGGUUUUAAACCCCGAUGUGUGUUUAGUUCAGGAUUCACCAGGGUUUUAGAUUUGUCAUAAAGGAUUUUUUGUUUCUAAUGUUUUAUUUUAUAUUCUCUGUGAUUUAGAUACUAACCAAUUUAUGAUAAAUACAUUUGUAAAUGGAAAGCAUUUAAAAGGGACAUGUUUACCUUUGUCACUUGGGAUGCAUGAGGGAAGAUUUAUAAAGCAAAAAUUAAUAAAGAUUAUUUAUUUUGCA